AUUAAAAUCAUAAUUCUCGUAUGGCCCGAAGGCCGAAUGUUAGGAAGAGCCCGGGAGAGAGGCGUCGCCGAUCCACCAGUAUAUAAACCAACGGUCGGUGGUACAGAGCAUCACACAACCACGACACCUCCGUGAGUCAACAUGAAAGCGUUCUUGGUAUUAGCUGCCGUUGCGGCACUCGGCUCGGCUAGGCCCGAGGCGGGAUACAGUUACAGCGCGCCCGGAGGCGGCGGUGGUCACGGAGGACACGGCGGCCUCGGCGGGCUCGGUGGCCUCGGCGGCGGCAUCGGUGGCGGACACGGAGGAUUCUCCUCCGGCGGUCUGAGCUCCAGCAGCUUCGGAGGCAUCGGCGGCGGCAGCGGUGGCGGCUUCUCCUCUGGAGGCUUCUCCUCCGGCGGCGGCUCUGGCUUCGGCGGUGGCUCUGGAUUCGGAGGAGGCGCCGGUUUCGGCGGCGGCGCUGGAUUCGGCGGCGGCGCUGGCUUCGGCGGCGGUGCUGGCUUCGGCGGCGGCGCUAUUGUGCAGAAGCACAUCUACGUCCACGUCCCUCCCCCAGAACCCGAAGAACAGCGUCCCCAGGUGAUCAGCGGCGGUGGUGUUCCCCAGAAGCACUACAAGAUCAUCUUCAUUAAGGCACCUGCUCCUCCCGCACCUGUUGCACCCAUCAUCCCCGCCCAGGCUCAGAACGAAGAGAAGACCCUCGUCUACGUGUUGGUCAAGAAACCCGACGAACAGCCCGACAUCACCAUCCCCACCGCUGCUCCCACCCAGCCCUCCAAACCCGAAGUUUACUUCAUCAAGUACAAGACCCAGAAGGACGGUGGUGCUGGAGGCAUUGGUGGUGGUGCUAUUGGCGGCGGUAUCGGCGGCGGCAUCGGCGGUGGUAGCAUUGGCGGCGGCAUCGGCGGCGGCAUCGGCGGUGGCAGCAUCGGCGGUGGUAUCGGCGGUGGCAGCAUUGGCGGAGGCAUCGGCGGUGGUAGCAUUGGUAUCGGCGGUGGUCACGGCGGCUCCAUCGGUGGUGGACACGGUGGCUCCAUCGGAGGCGGACACGGUGGCUCCAGCGGUGGCGUCAGCACCUCGUACGGCCCCCCCGGCCAGUCCGGCCCUUACUAAACGGCGCGAAAGACGCGCGCAAUUGUGAUACCUGCUCUGCCGGCGACAAACUUAGUUAUAAGUAGAGAAAAAAUUACGGUGCCUAAAUGUAUUUAUGUAAAUAGUAAUUUUAAUGUACUAUAAUUCUAGUUGUAUUAUAAAUUCUUAUUUUUGCAUAAAAAGUUAUAAACAA